UUCAAUGCCAGGGCUCUGGUUAUGUCGCCAAAGUUGUGAGACAUACAGGAACAGAAAAACUAGGGGAGAACUGGGGACAAAACUACAAGACAAGAGACAGGAACCCAGCAGGUGACAAGAGGCGCAUUCUGUCCUUGAGAUGGAGAGGCUUCAGCUGAGAGGAUGGAAUGCAGUCACAUGGCUUUUCAUCCUCCAUUUAGCAGGUUGUGUGUCAGCGGUGAAGUCCGCUCGCUGUAGCCUGUUUGGCCGGCAGCACAUACACACCUUUGAUGGAGUCAUUUAUGAGUUCCCUGGGGACUGUAGUUAUAUGCUGGCUGGAGACUGCCAUCGCAGAACCUUCUCAAUACUGGGGGAUUUUUCUCAGGGCAAGAGGACAGGAGUGACUGUUUUCCUUGGAGAGGCCUUCGAGUUGCAUCUAUCUGUGGAUGGAAUCCUGUCACAGGGAGGAGAAAGGCUCCCUCUGCCAUACGCUUCAAGCUCUGUGUUUGCGGGUUUUGAAUUGGGCAGCGUGCAUUUGUGGAGCGAGGAAUUUGGUUUCUCCAUCCGCAUUGACCCUGCACACAACAUUCAGGUCACCCUCACCAAACACCAUAGCAACCACACCUGUGGUCUCUGUGGCAACUACAACUCUGUCCCUGGUGAUGACUACACUGCACAAGAAGGUUUUUUAACAGAGGAUUCAUAUGACUUUGCCAAUUCCUGGGCCAUGAAUGGUGCAUCAGAAGCAUGCAAGCGUGUUACUCCACCUUCUCAGACCUGUAACAGCACAGGAGCUUCAGCCAAGAACUUGAUCUCGCGGUGUGAGGCGCUGCGUACCUCUACAGUGUUCCUGCGCUGUGGUCACCUGGUGGAUGCAGAUGCGUUUGUGUCAGUGUGUGAGUCAGAUGUGUGUCACUGUGAAGAUGGUGAGGACUGUGUGUGUCAGGCUCUUUUGGAGUAUGCACGCACUUGUGCCAGCCAUGGACUGGUCCUGUCUGAGUGGCACACACAGAGCCAGUGCACCCCAAAGUGUCCAGUAGGCAUGCAGUACAGUGAAUGCUCUCAGGCAUGCUCCACUUCCUGUCAGAGUCUCAAUAUCCAUGAAGUGUGCAGGGAUGAGUGUGUGGAUGGCUGCAGCUGUGCAGUGGGUAAGGUGCUGGAUGGAGGUCAUUGUGUUGACAUAUCACAGUGUUCGUGCCAACAUACGGGCAAACGCUACCCUCCUGGCUCCACUGUUUCACAGGACUGCAACACAUGUGUGUGUCGCCAUGGAUCUUGGGAAUGCACCAAUGAGGAAUGCCCAGGAGAGUGUGUGGUAACAGGACAGUCUCACUUUAAAACCUUUGAUAAUAAGUUCUUCACCUUCAGUGGCUUCUGCCAAUAUCUUCUGGCUAAAGACUGUCAAACCAACCUGUUCUCUGCUAUCAUAGACACUGUGCAGUGUGCAGAUGACCAAGAUGCUGUUUGUACACGUUCAGUCACACUGAAGUUCCACAAUCUGGCCAAUCAGACGAUUAGGCUGAAACAUGGUGGUUUGGUUUCUGUGAAUGGAAUGGAUGUUCAAACCCCAUUAAUCAACGGACUGCUGCGGGUCCAGAGCACUGUGUUGUCAUCUGUUAGGUUGAACUAUGGAGAUGAUCUUCAGAUAGACUGGGAUGGCCGUGGACGUGUUGUGCUCAGGCUCAGUCCAGUUUAUGCAGGGAAAACCUGUGGUCUAUGUGGCAACUAUAAUGGUAACCAAGGAGACGACUUCCUGACGGCGGGAGGGCUGGUGGAGACGCGGGUGGAAGGGUUUGGAAAUGCAUGGAAGAUGAAUGCAGAGUGUGAUAACAUCCAGAAACAACCUUCAGAUCCUUGCAGCUUAAAUCCAAAAAGAGUGCGCUUCGCAGAGGAGGCAUGUGCGGUGCUGUUGUCGGUGAAGUUUGAACCGUGUCAUCAUGAGGUGAACCCAGCUCCAUACCUGAAGAACUGCCGCUACGAUGUGUGCUCCUGCACAGACGGACAGGAGUGUCUGUGUGCAGCUGUGAGCAGCUACGCAGCUGCAUGCUCUGCCAGAGGAGUGCUCAUCAACUGGAGGGGACAGGGAUACUGUGAACUGACCUGUCCAGGUGACCAGGUGUAUGACAUGUGUGGGAGAGUGUGUAAUCAGACAUGUCGAUCUCUGUCACUGCCGGACAGUGAGUGCCGCAACAUUUGUGAGGAGGGCUGUUUCUGUCCUUGGGGGCUGUAUCUUAGUGACACAGGAGAGUGUGUGCCACCAGACCAGUGCUCCUGCCACUACAAUGGAGAAAUCUACCAGCCCAAUGAUAUGUUCGCUGACCACCACUCCAUCUGUUACUGUGAGAAUGGCUCCAUGCGGUGCAGUUCCAGUGAACUUCCAGCAUCUGUGCUUUCGGAUCUUUUCUUUGAUGAACCUCCACUUUCCCGAGAACGUCGCUCUGUUUCCUGUCCGGCUCCACUGCAGCAGUUAAAAUGCGAGAGUGUGAGAGAUGUGGGCAUAGAAUGUGCUAGAACAUGCCAGAACAUAGACCUGGAGUGUGUGAGCCAGGGCUGCAUCUCUGGCUGUGUGUGCCCUCCUGGGACGGUUCGACACAGAAGAGAAUGCAUUCCUCCAGACCAGUGUCCCUGUUUCCAUAACAACCAUGCUUACGCGCCUGGACAGAGCAUUAACAUGGACUGCAACACUUGUGUGUGUGGUGGCCGGCAGUGGAAGUGUACUCAGCGAGUGUGUGAUGGUGUGUGUCGUACAGUGGGUGACUCGCACUACAUUAGCUUUGACGGACUGAAGUUUACAUUCCCAGGACCAUGUCAGUACAUCUUGGCUCAGGAUUACUGUAACGGCUUGGAUGGCACGUUUCGAGUUCUGGUGGAGAACUCAGCCUGUGGAACCAUAGGUCAUCGCUGCAGUAAAAGCAUCCAUGUGUUUUAUAUGGGAGGACUGAUAACCAUGGAGCAAGGAGAGGUGAGGAUGAAGAAGCCGGUGAUGAAGGAAACAGAUGUGGAGAUUGUACGCUCUGGAUUCUACUAUAUCAUUCUGCUCGGAAAACACAUCUCUUUAACCUGGGACACUGGAACUCACAUCAUACUGCAGAUCAAUGGCCAGUACAGGGGCAAAGUGUGUGGUCUAUGUGGUAACUUUGAUGGCAGUCAGAAUAAUGACCUAAUGAGCAGUAAUAAUCAGAUGGAGGUGGAUCCUAUAGACUUUGGAAACUCCUGGAAGGUCAAACCCAGCUGUGCUGCUGCUGUUCAGGUGCCAUCUCAGUGCAGUGCUGAUAUGGCGAAGCUAGUCACAGUGGAGCAGUCAUGUAGAGUGCUGAGCAGUGCCCUCUUCAGGGAGUGUAACAAUGUGGUGGACCCUGAGCCAUACUGGGAAAUCUGCACUCAUGAUACAUGUUCAUGUGCCUCUGUGGGUGACUGCGUGUGUUUCUGUGAUGCCAUUGCUGCCUAUGCUCAUGAAUGUGCCCAGAGGGGAGUGGUGGUAGACUGGAGGUCCAACGACUUAUGUCCACUGAGCUGUGAAGAUUUGAACAAAAAUGCAGGAGUGGAGUGUAUGUGGAAAUUUAAUGCCUGUGGUAGUGCUUGUCCUAUAACAUGCCAGCACCCAGAGCCCUUAAACUGCCCAAAUACCUGCCUAGAGGGCUGUCAUGCUUCCUGCCCUCCAGGUGAGGUCUUAGAUGAGGUUUUGAGACGCUGCGUGGAACCAUCUGAAUGUCAGGUGUGCAUGCAUAAUGGAGAACGAAUUUCUCAUGGGAAGCAGAUCAUUCUGCAUCAUGACGACCCCCAUCUCUGUCAGAUAUGCCACUGUGAGGAAAACACUUUGACUUGUGGUCCAUGCCCUCCCUUUGGCCCCACUACCACAUUAAGCCCAAUUACCAUGUCUACCACACUUACACCCCUCCCGUUCUCCACGCCAGUACCUGAGAACGCCUGCGACAGGGCAAUGGACCUGGCUUUUCUGGUGGAUGGCUCCUCCUCUCUGAGUGAGGAAGACUUUGGAUUGGUCAAGCUGUUCAUCCUGGGGGUGGUGGAGCGCUUUCGGAUGGGUUCAGCCCAUACAAGGGCUACUGUCCUCCUUUUCCACUCUGGGGUAAAGAGCUAUGACAUGCAAGUGCAGAAAUGGAUCUUCAGAAAGAUGGUGCGAGACAUGCAUUACAGUGGUGGUGACGUGGCCUUCAUGGACGAAGCCUUCAAGUACCUGUCCGUGUACAUUUAUGACAAGAACAAGCGAGAUCACGCUGGUCGUGUUGCCAUCAUGCUGACUGCUAGUGCCAACCCGCGGCCUAUGCGCACCACUCAGCGCCUGCUAAGAAAGAAAGACAUCACUGUCCUCACCAUUGCCCUUGGGCCUGAUGUGAACAUGGCACAAGUCAAUGAGAUCACCAAGGCCACACCUAGUAGCCGGGCAUAUGUGCUUAGCAGUGUUGGGGAGCUGGAGGAUCGAGCUUUUGAAAUUACAGAUUACCUCUGCACCUUGGGGCUGGACCCAGAGCCACCCAAGAAAACCACUACUCAAAAGUCCACCACUACUACCACCACUGUAAGCACUACAACCACUACACCCAGAACAGAGGUCAUCAAACCAAAUUUUGCCACUCUUCCUCCGACAGCUGCUAUUAUGACUGCGUUUCCCAGCAUCCCCAGCCCUGGAACAACCCUUGCUCCUCAGACAACAAUACGAGACAUCACCUUCCUACUAGAGGGAUCAGACAAUGUAGGAGAGGAAGGAUUUAACAGUACUCGGGAUGCACUAGUCGACGUUCUGGCAUCACUCAGCCAGGAAGAGGUGGAACACUUCCGGAUUACAGUGAUACAGUACUCCCUCACUGUUUCCAUUGAGAUAAGCAGGAUGGAACUGAGGCGCAGGGAGCUGAUUCUGCGCAGAAUGCGACAAAUCCGCUGGGGGGGUGGGGCCAAGGUGAACACGGGCAAUGCCAUUCGCUCCGUCUAUGAGUCCGUCACCACAGAAAGGCCCAGUCACUCUCCAGACCAGAUGGUGUUCCUCAUAACUCAGAGUCCACCAACUGAUGUGAUCCAACGCCCACCGAGCUCCACCCACACAAAGGUGUUCCCUAUUGGGAUUGGUCCCAAUGUGCAGGAGAUGGACCUAGAAAUGCUGAGCUUUCCAAACGCUCCCAUCAUGCUGAAGAAUCCUGAACAGCUGAACACACUGGGCCCCCUGCUGGUUAAUAUCAGCAGGACACUUAAAAGGCCGCUUAUACCAACACUACCACCCAGAGCUACACUACCCCCUUCAGUGCCCUGCUCCAAGCCUAUGGAUGUGCUGUUUUUACUGAGAGACACUGGUGAUCAGUUUGAGGACAUGAAAACUUUUGUGAGAUCAUUUAUAAAGAACGCUGACAUUGGUCAUAAUGGUACUCAGGUAGCAGUGGUUGUUUAUGGUGAGAAGCCAGUGGAAGCUGUAUCUUGGAGAGAUGAACAAAGUGCCAAAAAUCUUCUACAGCAGCUAGACAGACUACACAGCAAGACAGACAAUGCACCACGACUGGGUGCUGCAUUGCAGUUUGCUGUUCAGACUUCGAUUUCCUCUACAAGUGGGGGUAGGAUGGGUGUGGCUAAGGUUGUGGUAAUGCUGGUGAUUGACAGGUCAACUGACUCAGUACAGGAGCCUGCAAAUGAAGCUCUUACUGCUGGUGUUUCAGUGUUCCCCAUCGGAGUGGGUGAGCAUUACGAUCGCACUGAACUGGGCAUGCUCACAGGCCCACACGGCCAGGACAACGUUAUUCAGCUAAGGAGCACAGAUGACCUGCUCGCCAUGGUUACCUUGGACCGUUCAUUCACCGACAAACUCUGCAGGGCGGGUCCUCCUGGGGUGUGUGUGGAUGAUGAUGGAAAAGAGAGGAAGCCCGGAGAGACGUGGCUACUGGCAGAUGGCUGUCACUCACUGCUGUGUAAUCCGUCUGGUGUGGUGACGCUGCAGAGCCACAGGGUGAACUGCGAGAGGAUGGAACCUCCAGCUUGCAAGAACAGCCUCAGAGCUCUCAGAGUUAACCAAACUUGCGGCUGUACCUGGAAAUGCCCUUGUAUGUGCAUGGGUAGCUCCACCAGUCAUGUGGUGUCUUUUGGAGGCGCAGCUCUGAAGCUGAAAGGUGCCUGCUCUUAUUUGCUGCUUCGCUCAGGAGGGUCUGAGCUAGUGUUACACACGGCUGCUUGUAAGGGCUCACCAAGUCAAAUUUGUAUGAAGAGUUUGGAACUGAGAGAGGAAGGGACUAGUGUGGUGCUGAGAGAUGACAUGAAGGUGACUGUAGAUGGUGUGAUUACUGCAGUACCCUUCAGACGAGGUGGAAUAUCUGUCACUCAGAUUGGAGCUUUGCUUCAUCAGCUACGGUCAGAGACGCAUGGCUUCACCCUCACUUUUACUCCCCAUAGCAAUGAGUUCACCAUCAGCCUGGAUCUCACCAUGAUAACCAAGACCACCGGCAUCUGUGGUUCAUGCUCUGAUGAUCAGACACACCUGUUGCUUCCUGAUGGCUCAGUGGCUGCAGAUCCGGAUAUGUAUCUACGAGAAUGGGCUGUUGGCGAGUGUGUUUGGGGUGGGGGCGUGUCUGAGUGUGAGGCGGGUGUGGCGGAGGGCUGUGAGGUUUUAGCCUCGUCAGUGUUUGGUGAGUGCCAUGCUGCAGUGCCUCCUCAGGAUUAUGUGAAGAUGUGUAGACAGCUGGCCUGCCACCCUGCUGCCGUGUGUGACCUCAUCGCUGCCUACAGCAGUGUAUGUCGACAGCAGGGCGUGUGUGUGAACUGGAGAAAACCCAACCUGUGCCCCAUGCCUUGUCCUAACUCUAUGGAGUAUGAUGCGUGUCGUACGGGUUGUGUGGAGCAGUGUGGGCAUGGUCUGGCUGUGUUGGGUGAUAUGUAUGUGCGGGGUGACAGUUUGGUGAACAGUACACAGUGCUGGAUGGACCCCACUGAGGGCUGCUACUGCCCCCAUGGAACAGUGCUGCUUGGGGAAGAAUGUGUGGGCAGAGAGACCUGCAACCAGUGUUUGGACCAGCAUGGACAUGCUCACCAGUUCAUGGAGAGUUGGACUCCUGAUGACAAUCCAUGUUUACUGUGUGUGUGUCUAGAUCAGCAACGGAUCAACUGUACAGCCUUGCCCUGCACUCAUUCAAAGGCCCCUGUAUGCGGGAAGUGUGAGAUUCUUCUGGAGAAGAAGGAUUCUAAGUGCUGCCCUGAGUAUGAAUGCGUGUGUGACACUGCCAACUGUAAGGUUUCUGAUCCUCCACAAUGUGAAAAUGGUCUUAGCUCAGUUCUUACAAACCCAGGAGAGUGUGCACCGAUCUAUCAGUGUGUCUGUAGAAAAGAAGAAUGCUCUACAGCUAAACCCUCUUGUCCAGCCUACAAAAAACUGUCUGUGAAAAAGACAGAGUGUUGCGAUACGUUUGAAUGUAUUUGUGACUGUCAGAGCUCCACACAAGUUUGCCCGCCUGGUUACGUCACCAAAGAGCUGACCAAUGACUGUGGCUGUGUUGAGGUCACAUGCCUCCCUGAUAAGGUGUGUGUGGUGGAGGGAGUCGUGUAUCAGGUGGGCAGCAGAUGGGAGGAGAAGUGUAAGACGUGUGUGUGCACAGAGCAGACAGACAGAGUGACUGGACUGCAUAUCGUGCAGUGUGUGGAUCCUGUCUGCAAUCAGAUCUGUCCUGUGGGCACCACAUACUCUCACUCAGAGGGAGAUUGCUGUGGUCAUUGUCGUAAAUCUAGUUGUGUAGAGGAGGAUGCAACACACGGAGGCCGCUUACGACUGGUGGGAGAGCGCUGGGUGUCUCCUGAUAACCGGUGUGUGGUGAAUGAGUGUUUGCAAGUAAAUGAGGAAGUCUUUAUCCAGCACACUAAUGUCUCCUGCCAACUCAUGGACACACCCACUUGCCCGCUGGGCACAGAGCUCCACUGCAACACUGUAGAUGACUGCUGCCCUUCCUGCAGUUGUGUCCCUGUAGAUGCAUGUGUUUUGAAUCAUACUCUUAUUGGGGCCGGUGAAAGCAUGAUAAUGGAUGCGUGUACACACUGUAGGUGUGUGGAUAAGCUGGGAAAAUACCACCUGUCUUGUAGGAAGAUGAGCUGUUCACCCUGUACAGAGGGUUACACUCUAGAGCCAAUUCCAGGUGCUUGCUGUGGCCGGUGUGUAGCAUCUGCCUGCUCCAUCCAACGACCUGAUGGACAGUUAGUCAGCCUGCAGGUGAAUAGCACACGUGAAGACGGCUGCAGCAAACACAGCUGCAGUGUGAAUGAACACGGUGAGCUAGUGCUGGAGACUGUAGUGACCACCUGCCCUCCACUGGACCGAGCCCACUGUCUGGAGCAUGGGGGUAAAAUAAGCCAGAUUGGAGACAGCUGCUGUGAGAUGUGUACUGAGCCAGAGUGCAGGAGGAUGGUGGGUUUGCUGAAUUAUGUCAAGAUAGAUGACUGCCAGUCAGAGGAAAAACUGGAACUCAGUUACUGUGAGGGGCAGUGCCGCAGUAAGUCUGUGUAUUCUCUGGAGAAGAAUCGUGUGGAGAACCAGUGUGUGUGUUGCGCUGCUAAGGGCACUCUACCACUGAGUGUUUCUCUACGCUGUGCUAACGGCACGCACAUUCCCCAUCAAGUCCUCACCGUCACUGGCUGUGACUGUCAGGCUCAUGCCUGUCCCUCUGACUGAGAACGUACAAUGUCACACACCCACACACACAUGUAAACAUACUACAGGCACACAUGUGCUCAGUAUGUAACACUCAGUGACUGGUUGUGAAACUUUAACACGCAUACACACACAGCAGGGCCACUGUCUGUCUCUAUAGCUAGACUGUGUUACUGUAUGUGACAUUGCAUGACACUCCUUAUUAAAGUAUACUUAAAAAAGCAAUAACUCAUGCUGUCAUAAAUCAACAUGUAAUCAAUAAACACUAUCCACAUUUCCA